AUGGGCACCAUAGAGAAGGACAACGUUCAAUCCUCAAGACGGCCCAAGCUCCUCACCUACCAGGAGAUCCAAGAGUGGUCACGCGAUAACGAGUUCAUCUAUACCGGCUAUCGUCCAGAAAAGCCCGACUACAAGGCCAUCUUCCUCAGCCUUACGUACCUACACAACGAGACCUGCAACAUAUACACCCAUUUGAUUGGCGCGAUACUGAUCUUGCACUGGGUCAUUACCAUCGUCUCGGGCUCGGCCUGCGUUGCUCUGAUCUCAAUACCGAAGUUCAGAACCCUGCGCUGGCGCACUCUGAGAGUGGUCGCCUUCUUCCUCUUCGGGCUGUCAGCCUUCGUUCCCCUGCUGCAUGGCGUCGGACUGCACGGUUCUAAGUACAUGUUCGAUUACAUGGGAAUGAAGUGGUACCUGAUUGAGCUUUCGUUGUACGCAACCGGUACCCUUAUCUUCGCAACCCGGCCUCCUGAACGGUUCGCUCCGGGCAAGUUCGACUUCUUUGGUAGCUCACAUCAGAUCUUCCACCUUCUCAUCUUGGCGGCGAUGUUGGAUCUAUGCCACCGCUAG